AUGAGGAAGACGCCAUCGUUCAAUACCAGACGCGGCCAUUCUGUCUCCAGAAAUAGCACUAGCCGUUGGGAAGACCUGGGUGCUAUCGAUAUGAGAGGUUUUGUUGACCGGAAGCAGGACCUUCAAAGUGGAAGUAAGAGGGCAACGAUACGAUCAUGGAAGAAUUACUAUACCAUUUUGUGUGGACAAUUGAUGUGCUUCUUCAAGGAUGAAUCGUCGUUCUACGAGAACAUUGCCGCUGCACCCCCUGUCUACAUUUACGGUGCACGAUGUGAACCGUUCCCAGAAUACGUCAAGAGAAAGCAUGCUUUCCGGCUGGCAACCCAAGAUGGUGCAGAGUACAUUUUCGCCUGCAGCGAUGAGCGACAAAUGCUUGAAUGGGUGGCCAAAGUGAAGUUCCAUGCUGAUCUCGCCCCUAGCAACCAACUGAAGUCAUACGCCUAUCAUGAAGCAGGAGGCCAACACCUGCCACCAUUACGACGUUACGACGCUGGUUCACGAUCCAGUGACGAACUACCUCCGGUGCCAAUGCGUCGCAGCAUUCGCGACGACUCCCGUCCGACUUCACGAGUAUCGGCCUUUGAUGCGUACGAUGGUGCGCAACAAAACUCGGCUAUUCGUACAAGCGCUGGACAAUACAAUGAAUACAAUUCACUCCCUCGUGGAGCCUCAAUAGCCGUAGAAACGUCUCUUCGUCUCUCCUCAACGCUUCCACGAGGCAACCGUAGUGGUCAACCUAUUCGAGUUGAUUCCUUCAAUUCGCUGAAUAGCUCUACUUCAACUAUGCCAGUACUUUUCGAACCACGAAAAGCAACGGUAGCACGACGCCCCAGUAGACGUCAAUCAAUCUACGCAGAAAGCAUCUAUGGUGAUAUGGAUGAAGUAGUGGAGGUCGUGGAGGUCGUUGAAGGAGCUGUUGAAAACGGUUCGUGUGCCACUUAUUUGUUGGCACUCUGUUGGAUACUAACGAUCACGUUGGAGGGUCUGUCCGGCUGA